ACAUAAAGGAUGGAUAGAUUUAUCCACGGGCCACCGACUAGUCUCUAUAAUUAUAGCCGUCGUCUGUCUGUUUGUCUAUCUGUUAUGGAAACACGUAAUGCGAUAUAAAAAAGAUGGGCGACCCCGCGGAUUUUUCCACCUGUUGACGACCUAGUCUUUAUAAUAGUAGCUGUCGUUUGGCCUUUUGUCUGACUGUUACGGUUCUAUAUUUUCUAGUCCUGACAGGAGAGUGGAAAGGAAGUUAAAAUUUUUUUAAAAAAAUCUAUGUUUUGUUGUUCAAAAGAUGUUGUUGAAGAAGGUAUGGUAUGUGAAGAGCGAAAAUACACCACAGCGCAAUAAUACAUUGAUCACUCUUUAAAGGCACCAAUGAUCGUUUUUUAUUGGUCGCUUUGUGGUCAUUUGUUAACUUACUCAGAAGUAAUGAAAUAAAAGCGGAAGAAACGAAAGAGAAAGAGGAAGAUUUUUACAGCCUAUAAAAAAGCGGGAAAGAUGAUAUUUUUUAAAUAUCUUUCAAAAGUUAUUCAAAGAAAUAAGAUUGUUAUUGGGCAGUCAUGGACAUAAGAUUUCACCUGUUAUUUGUUUGCUUGCUUUUUGUAAACACAGGAUAUUGUUUGAGAUGCUACGCAGGUGCUAUCACAUCAAGAACUUACCAUGUUCGUCGAUUGGAAUGUGGAUACGGUAAAACUGUCUGUUUAGCAAGUACGGUGACAACGUCAACAUUGUUCGGAACGAUCACUACAAAAGCAUACGGUUGUGAGAAAGACAUGCAAAGUUGUCACCAAACGUGUAAUCGGAUUCGAGCAAAAAGUAGACGACUGUUUAUCAGUUCCUGCAAUGUGAGUAGACACUCGUUAUCUGUAUUUUAUACAAGUUUUUUUAAGAUUCAAGUUUUUUAUGUAAUCCAAAAAAGUCAAGGUAAAAAUAUUUUCAUAUGCUAUUUUUUUUGUAAAAACGAAACAACUUAAAAAAGCAAUGCUUCCAAAACCCCUUUGUUUUAAGUAUGCUAUAGAUACUAUACUUACAAAAACAAAAAGCUGACCAUAUAAUCAGAUUCUUGUAUUCAAGUGUUUUUUAAGAGAUUAUAGAAUUUUGCUUUAGACUUUAUAUUUUCUAUUCCAUAUUAAAAAAUUAUUAUUACUAAAAUAAGCAUUAUUACCUUACUCGUACGUCAAAUAACAAGAAAAAUACUAAAAUUUGGGAUUUUCAUAGGUUAUAGAUGGAUUCGCGCGUAACUGUUGUACUAAAUGUCGCGUAAUAACGAAGUUUUUUACGCGAAAGCGCAAAAGUUUAUACAUGGGGAAAUUAAGUUAUUAUCUUAAA